AUGGGAGCCGGUACGACUAACCCGGAUUAUUUCGAUUUCGAUCGUUACUCGACUCUUGAAGGUUUCUCUUUUGAUUUGAUUGCAAUCUUGGAAGAUCUUCAAAUCCAGUCUUGUAUCUUUGUUGGUCACUCUCUUUCUGCCAUGGUUGGUGUUCUUGCUUCUCUUAAUCGUCCUGAUCUCUUCUCCAAAAUCGUCAUGAUCUCUGCUUCUCCAAGGUACGUGAAUGAUGUUGAUUACCAAGGAGGAUUCGAACAAGACGAUCUAAACCAACUAUUCGAAGCAAUGAGAAGCAAUUACAAAGCGUGGUGCUUAGGUUUUGCACCACUAGCCGUAGGUGGUGACAUGGACUCAGUCGCGGUUCAAGAAUUCAGCAGAACACUAUUCAACAUGCGUCCAGACAUAGCUCUAUCAGUGGCUCAAACCAUUUUCCAAAGUGACAUGAGACAGAUCUUACCAUUUGUCGCUGUUCCUUGUCACAUACUUCAAAGUGUUAAAGAUUUAGCUGUACCAGUGGUUGUCUCUGAGUAUCUUCAUACAAAUCUUGGAUCUGAAUCAGUCGUUGAAGUUAUGCCUUCUGAUGGUCAUCUUCCUCAGCUUAGCUCGCCGGAUUCUGUUAUUCCGGUGCUUCUCCGACACAUCCGCAAUGACAUUGCUGUGUGA